CUUACUCCUCCGCCAUGGCCUCCGCAGACGCCGGGCCCUCGGUGCCCGACUCCGAGAUCGACUUUAGCGACAUCAUCGCCAAGUAUGCCGUGCGCUUCGACGAGGGCCUCGACGACGUCGUCGUGCUCGACAACGUGCCCGUGAUCACGCAGGAGCGCCAGACGAAGCUCUUCGACACCAUCAUCAAGCGCUUCAAGACGCACGCCGGCAUCGAUGUGCCGCCGGAGGGCAUGCACAUCCCGUACGGCGAGGACGGCAACUCCAAGGGCUACAUGUUCAUGGAGCUCGCCUCGCCCUCGGACGCGGCGCUUGCGGCGCGCCUGAUGGACGGCUACGCGUUCGACAAGCGCCACCGCUUCGCAGUGAACCGCUUCACGGACAUUGAGAAGCUGGCGAACCUCGACGACGAGUACGCGGAGCCCGAGGCGGCGCCGUACGAGGACCGCGAGCACCUGCGCUCCUGGCUGCUCGAUCCCGCGAACCGCGACCAGCUCGUCAUGUGCCGCGGCGACGACGUGCAGAUUGCCUGGCACAACCGCGCCGGUGCACCGGAGGUGGCGCACGAGAGACAGCGCUGGACAGAAUCCUACGUGCAGUGGUCGCCGCUCGGCACGUUCCUCACGACGUUCCACCGGCAAGGCAUUGCGCUCUGGGGCGGCGCCUCGUGGGAGCGCUUCAUGCGCUUUGCGCACCCGGGCGCGCGUCUCGUCGACUUUUCGCCGUCGGAGAAGUACAUGGUCACCUGGUCGCACGACGCCAUCGUCGUGCCCGAGGGCGCGCCGCAGGGCCCGCAAUUCUUCAGCGCCGACGACGAGGGCAACCGCGUCGCCGUGUGGGAGGUGCGCACUGGCCACCUGCUGCGCACGUUCCCCGUGGCGCAGGACGGCGAGGCGGGCGCCGCCGGCCGCGGCUUCUCCUGGCCGCUGCUCAAGUGGUCGGGCGACGACCAGUACUGCGCGCGCGUCGUGCCGGGCAAGCAGAUCAGCGUCUACGAGCUGCCGUCGAUGGGCCUGCUGGACAAGAAGAGCAUUGCCGUCGAGGGCGUCGUCGACUUUGAGUGGUGCCCGCUGUCGGACAAGGACCGCGACGCCAUCGAGGCGUGGGGCGACGGCAGCAACCCGCCAAAGGGCGCGCGCAAGCCGCGCGACAACAUGAUCUCCUUCUGGCUGCCCGAGGUGGCCAACCAGCCGGCACGCGCCACCGUCAUGGCCAUCCCGAGCCGCGAGAUCAUCCGCAGCAAGAACCUCUUCAACGUCUCGGACUGCAAGCUGCACUGGCACCCGCAGGGCGACUACCUCUGCGUCAAGGUCGACCGCCACACCAAGACGAAGAAGAGCACGUUCUGCAACUUCGAGCUCUUCCGCAUGCGCGAGAAGGACUAUCCGGUCGAGGUCGUCGAGAUCAAGGACCCCGUCACGGCCUUUGCCUGGGAGCCGCAUGGAUCGCACUUCGUCGUCAUCUCCUCCAACGACCCGAACCUCGGCCAGCCGGCGCCCGGCAUCGUCAUCAAGACGCAGCUCAACUUCUUCCACCUCGACCAGAAGAAGGGCGACUUCCGCCUGCUCAAGACAAUCGACAACAAAUCGUGCAACACCGUCUUCUGGUCGCCGAAGGGCCGCCACGUCGUCGUGGCGACGCUCGGCAGCUCGCAGCGCUUCGACCUCGAGUUCUACGACGUGACGUUCGGCGAGGAGGUGCGGCAGGGCAGCGCCGCGUCGGACCCGGCCGAGGAGGUGCGCCUCAUCGGCUCGGGCGAGCACUACGGCAUCACCGACCUCGAGUGGGACCCGUCCGGCCGCUUUGUCUCCUCCUCUGCGAGCACGUGGCGCCACCAGCUCGAGAACGGCUACGCCGUGUGGACGUUCAGCGGCAAGGAGCUGCAGAAGCAGGUGCAGGACCGCUUCAAGCAGAUCCUCUGGCGCCCGCGCCCGCGCACGCUGCUCAGCAAGGAGCAGAUGAAGAACGUGCGCCGCAACCUGCGCGACAUUGGCAAGCAGUUCGAGGAGGAGGACGCGGCCGAGGAGAGCAACCUCGCGCUCGCCAACCGCGAGCAGUACGAGCGCGCGCUCGACGAGUGGCGCGCCUACCGUGCGCGCAGCAAGCAGGAGCUCGAGGAGCUUCGCGCCGAUCUCGGCCGCGAGGCAACCGACCUGCCGGAGCAAUUGGCCGAGGAGGCCACCGAGGAGAUCCAGGAGUGGCUCGAGGAGACACUCGAGGAGACCGAGGAGGUGGUCAUCUGAGCAGCCGCGCUGCGCAGACGGGGCCGUCACCACAAAAUGCGAUAUCUACUCAGCUCCUCGUGCGCAACCAGCGCGGUGCCGCUGCGUCUGCUCUUUCGUCGUCCAUGUCUUGGGCUCGUGGAUAGGGUGAGCCCCUGGUGAGAAGACACUGCCAGCCGAUCCCUCUAGCCGUGUUGCCCGGGGACACGAGUGAAGUGGUCAGACCAGGCGUGGGGCGCCGGGCUGCGAUGCGCGCCAUGCGUGGCUCGGCGGCCGGGCAGCGCGCGUUUCCACCACCUGUGACACACUCUGCCGCUCCGGUCGAGAGGGCCUUCCGCCGCCGCAGCCGUAGCAUAGAUGGCCCCUACAGUGUCCCAGGUUGCGCUGGGACUGCCUCUUGCGCUUU